UUCUUCUUCUUCUUCUUCUUCUUCUAAUGGAGGUACAUUUUCUCUACUGCUUGUGGUGGUUGUUGCUACUAUCAACACCCCAGAGACUACUCCAGCAAUCAUGGGCAGUUCAUGCCGAGCCGAAUUUGUCAGAAAUCAAAUUUAUGACAAGAACAUUACUUGAGAAAGCAAAAGAACCAGAAUUCUUCAGUUGGAUGAAAACGAUCAGAAGAAAAAUCCAUCAGUAUCCAGAACUGGCAUUUCAAGAACAUAAGACGAGUCAGCUCAUCAGAUCGGAACUUGAUUCACUUGGAAUCGGUUACACAUGGCCUGUCGCUAAGACUGGUGUUGUGGGUUCUAUUGGGUCUGGUUUAAACCCCAUUUUUUCCCUCAGAGCAGACAUGGAUGCCCUCCCUCUACAAGAAUUAGUAGAGUGGGAGUAUAAGAGCAAGUAUGACGGGAAAAUGCACGCUUGUGGUCACGAUAUUCAUGUGACAAUGCUUCUUGGAGCUGCCAAGUUGCUUCAGAGCCGGAAAGCCGAAUUGAAGGGAACUGUAAGGCUUGUUUUCCAACCAGGAGAAGAAGGUGCAGCUGGGGCUCACUAUAUGCUAAGAGAGGGUGCAUUAGAUAAUAGUUCAGCCAUUUUUGGAUUACAUGUAGACCCUCAUUUGCCGACUGGUUGUGUUGCAUCAAGGCCUGGUCCUGUGCUGGCUGGUUCUGGAAGGUUUUUGGUGAUACUCCAAGGGGAAGGUGGACAUGCAGCGCGACCACAGCUCACAAAAGAUCCAAUCCUUGCAGUGUCAUUCGCAAUCCUUGCACUCCAACAGAUCGUAUCUCGAGAAACAGAUCCACUUGAAAGCAGAGUGGUUUCAGUUGGUUUCAUUGAUGGUGGUGGCCAAGCAGGAAAUGUGAUCCCAGAAAUUGUGAAAUUUGGAGGAACCUUCAGGAGCAUGACAAAUGAAGGUGCAUCGUACCUGCGUCGUAGAAUCAAAGAGGUGAUAGAAGCUCAAGCAAUUGUACAUCGGUGCACUGCCACUAUAGACUUCCUGGAAGAUAAGUUAAUACCUUACCCGCCUACUGUGGACGACGAAACAAUGUAUAAGCAUGCAAAGAAAGUUGGGGAGGAACUUCUAGGUGAAGCAAAUGUACAUUUGAAUCCAUUGACAAUGGGAGCAGAAGAUUUCAGCUUUUAUGCGCAAAAGAUGGCGGCUGCAUUUUUCUUUAUAGGGGUUAAGAACGAUACAAUGAUACCAGUUAGAGAGCUGCACUCGUCGCAUUUCCAUGCUGAUGAAGAGGUUCUUCCGAUUGGUGCAGCUUUCCAUGCUGCUGUAGCUAUGACUUACUUGGGAUAUCCAUAUUAAUGCACGCCUGUACCUUGGUUUUUUACCAUAUGGAAAGUGUGUGUCCUGUGUUUCAAGUUUUCAAGCUCAAGUUAGUAG